AUGGGUGAUUUUAAUUCCGCUCUCCAUGCGGAUGACUCGCUGUUUGGUUCCUCUAAUCAAUCAAUUGGCAUGCAGGAGUUUUGUGAAUGCAUUCAAGAAUCGGAGCUUGUUGAUGUUAAAGGUCAUGGUAUUCACUUCACUUGGAACCAGAAGCCGAAGGAAGGGAUCGGUUUGCUUAGGAAAAUUGAUCGAGUAAUGAGUAAUGUAAAGUGUCUAGAUUUAUUUCCUGACGCUUAUGUUAUGUAUCACCCGUAUCGAGUUUCUGAUCAUACUCCGUGUAUUUUGAAGCUGACUAAUACUUCUAACAAUUCUCGGCCUAAGCCAUUCAAGUUUGCAAAUUUUAUUGCUUCUAAACCUGAAUUUAAAGUUUGUGUGGAGCAAGAAUGGGCGAAAAAGAUUGAUGGGUUUGCUAUGUUCUCGGUCGUUAGUAAGUUAAAAAAUCUGAAACCAGGACUCAGAAAGAUCCUUUUCCAACAAGGUAACCUGCAUAAAAAAGUUCUUGAGUUGCGCAAGAAGCUAGAUGAUGUCCAGAAUAUGGUUGAUGCUAAUCCGAUGGAUGAGGAAAUUCGGAAAAGGGAGCUCGAGUGCCUUCAGGAAUUCAAAGUUGCUGCUUAUGAUGAGGAAUGUUUUUUGAAACAAAAGUCGAAGGUGGAAUGGCUCUGUGCUGGGGAUUCUAAUACGGCUUUCUUUCACAAUAGUGUUAAAUGCAGAAAUAAUCGAAGUAAAAUUCAAUGCAUUCGGGAUGUGGCUGGUAAUCGGUUUGAAGGUGAUGAAGCUGCAGCUGCUCUUGUUGAUCAUUAUUCAGCUUUUGGGUACGGAGGACCUGGUUGCUACCAUGAACAUGGAUGA